AUGGCGCUUCAAACGCAAUUCGCAACUUAUUUCACCACCAAAAUCCAUCAUCACUCGUUCUCUCCCAUCCUCACAAUUAGAUCUGAAAAACAAUCUGAACCGUCCGAUUCAAUUCCCAAAAGCUCCGGUGUGGGUUUUGGUCCGUCUAAAGUGAAGAGUAAAAGGAAGCAGAAGGGACAGAGAGAAAGAGCUUCGAUAAUCCGUCGUAAUCCAGUUGAAAAACCCGCUUUGGUUUCGAAACAAGAACCGGUUCAACAGGAACAGGGUGCUUAUGAAAAAGCUUUCGUUCUUGCCUGGCUUGGUUUUGGUUCUGUUAUUCUUGUUGAGGGCCUUGCUCUUGCAGCUUCAGGUAUCUUUCCGGAAGAGUGGGACAAGAUCUUUGUCAAGUAUGUUUAUCCAUCCUAUACCCCUACAGUUUUCUUGUUUGUUGCUGGAGCAAUAGCAUUUGGAGUGGUUAAAUAUAAGCAGAAUGAGAAACUUAUGGAGCGGAAAUAG